AUGUCGACGACUACGGAGGACACUUCCCCUCCUGGGCUUAUAAGUGACACUUCUGUUCGGAGGAAGCACCCCUGUGUUCUCUGCCAACAACGCAAAGUCAAAUGUGAUCGCGAUGAUCCUUGUGCUAAUUGUAGGAAAGCAAGAGUGGAGUGCGUGUCUUCAUCCAUGCAGCCACCUAAGCGUCGAAAGAAACGUUUCCCAGAAGCAGAACUACUAGCACGUAUCAGGAAAUACGAAGCUCACUUACGUUCAUAUGGAGCAGAUAUUGAUGCAAUUAAUAGAGAGGAGGUUCCACUACCUCCACCCGGCCUGAAACAAGAGACGUCGUCUUCUCCAGCGGUUUUCAAAACGUCAAUGGAACAACUUGAGGAUGGGUAUAGAUCGCUAUCUGUGAGAGAGUCUCUCAAGCACGUUGAGAAUAACUUAUCAACUGGCCCUCUUGACGAGUUUCAAGAAGCUGAUCUGUCCGAGGAGGACGAGACCUUUGAUGGCGCUCUAACAAAGACCUACGAUGCAAUUCCCAUGGACUCAAGUGAAUUAUUCCUUUUCCACUCAUCCAGCACUGAAGACCUUGCUGCUCUUCAUCCACAGCCUGUUCAAAUCUUUCGGCUUUGGCAAAUAUAUCUAGACAAUAUAAAUCCGGUUUUCAAACUCUUCCACACACCUACAGUACAGCAAAGGAUUUUAGAUGUCAGCGCCGACCCCCAAACUGCUAGUAAAAGCAUGCACGUCCUCAUGUUUGGAAUCUACACCAUGGCCGUCACUUCUUUAACCGAUGAAGACUGUAUGUCUUAUUUCAACGAGAAGAGGGAUGAGUUGAUAAAGAAAUACCAAAACGCUGCAAAGUUAGCGCUCGUCCAGGCCCGAUUUAUGAGAAGCUCAGACAUGACCACUCUUCAAGGCUUCAUGUUACACCUGUUUUCAUGCUUGAACUUUAAUGUUGAUCCUCGGGCUCUGUUUUGUCUUACCGGUAUCGCAGUACGAAUUGCUCAGCGUAUGGGAUUAAACUUUGACGGCACAGCAUAUGGGUUGCCACCUUUCGAAACUGAAAUGCGUCGAAGACUGUGGUGGCAGAUCAUCUUUCUUGACAGCCGUGUGGGUGAACUGGCAGGCUGUCCACCUUCGAUGUUGCAACACCUACGUACCACUCGAAUUCCUUUGAACGUCAACGACAGCGAUUUGUUCCCCGGUAUGCGUGAACCUCCAGUUGAGCAUACUGGUAUCACCGAAAUGAUUCAUGUGCUCCCGAGAUGCGAAAUCAUUAAGCUGUACCUCGAGGCAAAGCUUACCAACGUCCCUGCCCGAGUAAGGAUUCCAGACAGCCAGAUUGACGAAUUUGAAGCGUUUAUUGAAGAGAAGUAUUUGAAGUGGUGUGAUGAUAGUGUUCCAUGGCACGUAUUAGCGAAAUUGGCGACAAAGACGGCACUUGCCAAAGUUAGACUGGGAAAUUACAAAGAUUACUUGAUGGCUGGGGAAAAGUUGACGGUGGGGAUGGAUAAUUCUUUAAAAGAAAAGAUGGUUGGCUGCUGUCUGAUUAUGCAGGAAACAUUUUUUCUUAUGGCCCAGAGCAAGUCGCUGGAGCGUUUUCAUUGGCAUAUUUUCAAGAAUUUCCCGUUUCCAGCAAUGGUUUUUAUCUUAUCUGCUAUACGAACAGGUAUCAACGCUGAACUUGAAGACAGAGCUUGGAAACAGAUAAUGGUUAGCUCGACCGCGGUAAGAGAAAGGAUGAAACUCGAGAAGGAAUCUGUCAGCAACCCACACCAGCCGGCACCUUUCAAGGACGAAUUGCGGAUGGCUAUUGCCAACUUGACCUGUAAGGCAUGGGAUGCCACCAUCAUCAGACGCCCAGAGCUCCAGACACCAGACUUCAUCCAGCACCUACGCAUGCAAACAACCGAAGGGCGAACGGAGGAAAAGACCAAACGACGAGAUGUGAACUCGAGUCCUGCGACUAGUCCUCCAGAAACUGAAAUACCUAAACCCACCACCGAUGGUGUUGGAUAUUCCGCCUUCGGAGAUGAUUAUCGAUGGAUGUCUCAGCCGAGCAUGUUUAAUAAUAAUGAGUAUAAUAUGGAGAUGGGUUCGGAAGGGCAGAAUAUGAGUGGGAUGAUGAUGGAUGAGGCGAUGGCACAGGAUACGACGUGGAAUAUGUGGGAUGAGUUUGCGCAGGCUGGUGGGAGUGGCUUUGAUAGUCAGAUGGGAGGGCAGAAGUCGUGGUAG